UUGUUGAAUGAACAUAAUUAGAAGAUUUUGCAGACAGCUGGAGGGCUCCAGUAAAGGAGCAAAUAAAUGCUGCUUCUUCCUCUGGCUGAUUUAUUGCUACACCUGCACUCAGGAGAGGCACUGAAAUGCCUACAAGGAUGAGGCUUCAACAGUUUUGAAGAGGAAGAAAGGAAAUGAAAUCAACUUACAGCAAAAAGAUGUAAAGAAUCUUUCUUUGUAACUAUUUCAACACUCAAGAGCUACUGAGCAACCACAGUGCUCUAAAUUUGAGAAGGGAGGAAAACACUCAAGUUAAAAACAGGACGGCCCCACUACAUUAAAAUCCCUCUUUAACUGCAGACAGGUUGUCCAGAGACACCUAAUUCUAAAUUAGCCAACUGUGAUUUAUUUUGCUGCUGCAGCAGAAUUAAGCAGUUCAGAUCCAUGACCCACUGAUCACUGAUUUCCCUGGAUUUGAGAAGUCCUUCCCAGCAGCUCUGCUGGGUAAUUUGGAGUGGCCAGCUGUCACAGAUGUGCAAAUUGCAAGCGAGUGAGCUCACAUAUGCAAGCAGCAGAAACUGCUUCUGGCAACUUCCCGCCGCCUAAUGAUUUUUAAAAUACCUUUCAGCAAUUACACCGGCAAAACAUCAGCCCCCAAAAACAAGCAAACAAGCAAAAAGCACAAAUUCUACCCAAGUGCACAGCAGGAAAAUCUGAAAUACUCUGAGCAGGUAGCUGUACUUCAGAAAUUAUCAGUCAAAAAAAGCUUUUUCCACAACUCCAGCCCCAAGACACGUUGUGAAUGCAGCCCAAGGACAACGUUCUCUCACUAAAGGAAACAACAGUGUUGUCAGGUGUGCAAAGCGGUUCCUUCCUCCCGAGAACCUGGGAGUUUAAAUAGUGUUAAAGUGCAAAAGACUCAGAGAAAAAAUACACCUCUGAACAAAGAAAGAACUCAUUAUACUUUGCACCUGUUUAAGGAAAAACUCCUUUUGACAAGUCGGACCAUUAAUAAAGGUGCAAUUAAGUAUCACGUCGUUAAAGGAACAGGAAUGAAAACAGGCUGAACUCCCAUUAAGAGGCAAUGCUGAGGUAUCUAUCUCGUUUAAAAAAAGAAAUGCACACUUUCUCUCCUUGCUCCUGGUUACAGAUGAUCUCGUAGGGAUUUGUUACUCACAAACAUAAGAUUGCUCCUGAAAGUUAGGAAACUGCUUUCCUGAGCUAAAAAGCUAUAAUUUGUUCCCAUAUUUCCAAGAAAAGGUGUUACUUAUUGUGAAGAAGCACAGCGAUGAGAACAACAACAAAAAAAAAAACCUUCAGGGAAAACUAUCACUCAUUUCAAUAUCACAACCAAGACAUAAGCACAGGGAAAGUGACAAAUUCUGCAUUCUCUCAAUAACAGAUUCCCUUUCUGUGAAUGUUGGAGGUUGGAAUAGAGGAACUUCAAUCGCUGUGGCAAGCAGCCAGCUCAUGAAUAGCUUGCUAACAUCAACAAGACUAUUCGUAUGAACAAAUGCUCAAAAUGACUAUGAGACUUCUUGUAUAUCCUUUGUAAUGGUAAAAUCACCGGGAUUACUGUGGUUUCUAAGUGCUCUCCCACACAGAUGAAGAGCUGAAGUCAAGAAGAGUGCUCAUGUGAGGAGCUCUGUAAGAGCUGCAUUUAAACACUGAACUGCUCCUUUGGUUUUAGUUUAAAAAAAUAGAGCACAUUGGAGCAGAACUAGUAUUGGACCAGCAGGCACCAGGCUUUGAGUCACUCUGAGUGCCUGAAGUGAGGUCCUGACAUGCACUGCUCAAGAAAAAUACAACUUCUACUGCCUGAAGAGUUAUGGUUAACUCCGUGCUCAGCUCUGCUCGAAGACCACGGGAUUUCAAACCACAUUCUCAAAGUAAAGAACGGGGCUGGCAAUACAUAAAGAUCUGUGAGAAAGGAAGCACUGCAACUAGCAGCAAGGUGGGGUUGCCUGCAUGGGCAGCCCUUCAUUUGAAUGCAAAUGUAAUUUUGGGGCAGGCAGUUAUCUGUGACAUCAGGCAGGACCUUAGUAAACUGUUACCACCAGCACCUGGUAAAACCAUUGUUAAUCAUGUGUAGUAAAGGGACAUCAGGGCUAGCAGGAGUCAUUUAUAGAGCCAGGCUGGGCUAGAAAAGAGAGAAAGAAAGAGGAGGGGAAGGGAGAUCAAACAAACCCUGCGAGGAGCAGGAUGUCCCAGCGAGACAAAGGCAGGCUGUGAGCAUCAUGUACGUGAGCUAUCUGUUGGAUAAGGACACCAGCAUGUAUCCGGGCUCCGCAAGGUGCACCAGCAACAACCUGCCCGUGCAAAACUUCGUGUCUGCUCCAGCCUACCCCGACUACAUGGGAUACCAGCCCGUGGCAGCCCUGGACAGCCACGGGCAGCCAGCGCCAGCCUGGGGCUCCCACUACGGCCCCCAGCGCGAGGACUGGAGCGCCUACGGCCCAGGCCCUUCCAGCGCCCUGCCCGCUGCCCACAUCAAUGGCUCGUCCCCUGGCCAGGGCUCCUACAGCUCUGCUGAGUACAGCUCCCUGCACCCCGCUGCUGCUGCGCCCCUGCCUCCUGCAGACACCAGCCAUGCCCAGCACAUCUCUCCCAACAGCCAAAGGCACAGCUCUUAUGAGUGGAUGAGGAAAACGGUGCAAUCCACUUCCACAGGUAAAACAAGAACGAGAGAGAAGUACCGAGUGGUUUACACAGAUCAUCAGAGAUUAGAAUUAGAGAAGGAGUUUCAUUACAACAGAUACAUUACAAUCAGGAGGAAGUCUGAACUUGCUGCAAACCUAAGACUUUCCGAGAGACAGGUGAAAAUCUGGUUCCAGAACCGCAGAGCCAAGGAGAGGAAACUCAUGAAGAAGAAGAUGAGUCACUUCGACGGCAGCAGCCUGGGCUCUCUGCAGAGUGACUCCGGCUCGGUGAGCCCGAUGCCCGUUCCCGAGGCACAGACUCACUCGGAAAUGCCCGGCUCCCUGUUCCCAGCGCCGCCCGCCCCGGCCGCGCUGCCCAUGGGCGGCUUGCAGCACGCGGGGACCCUGCCGCAGGUGGUGGCCUCGCAGUGACACCGCGGGGGGGGCACCGAGCCCGCCGAGCGGUACCGGAGCGCUACAGGUGACGCAGCCUGGGGCACACCAGCUUCAAGGACAGCAAAGCAAGAGCCAGCUGGCAGGUGUGCAGCGCAGCAGAGCUCCCGAGGGCCACGGAACUGCGGGAGUCCCUCGGCAGAGGAUGCCUGGGACAAGGCAAGGAGCCCUCCGGCUGGCCAGCAGCUGGGGAGCGCAGAGGGAGAGCCCAGGGCAGCCGCAGCCGCUUGUUCCACUGCAGACACACAAAAAAGCACCAAACUUGCCCCAGGCAAUGAAUCCCACACUGCUGAGCGGCUGUCCCUCGGCCCCAGGGAAAGAGAAUAUCCUGCUCCUUUGAUCUCGCACAGGUCCAUGAACUGAUCCCACUUGUGGACUCGACACACGCAUCUUGAGAAACGCAAACCUGGCUGAUGUGUUCUGACCCACUUGAUGGAAAGCCUGGAGCUGGGUGGCUGCACUCACUACACGUUCAGGGCAAAGGUCAGGGAUGAGCUUUUUGGAAUUUUUGUGGGUUUGACAGGUAUGAUUUCCAAUGCUCCAUACACUGGUAUCCACAGGCACUCUUCGAUCUCACUAUAAAUGUUUUGAAAGCAUUUUGGUAUUGUGAAUCUUGGCCCAAGUUCAUUUUCGAACAAAGAAAAUUCAUGUCAGAUUCAUUUUGGAUCCUAAAAGAAAGAGCAAAGUGGGGCAGAAAUCCCUUUUAAAAGCUUAAGUGCUUUGAAAAGUGACUGCAUUUCAUGAGACAGCAGAGCCCAUGGAUUAAAGAUGCAAUAAUUGCAUUCAACCAAUUUUAAACUUGGUUGAGUUUUAUGAGUUAUUGAGACACUAGUAAAAUUUGAGAAGCCAAAUUAAUAGAAGAAAAAGCAAACAAAAUGCUUCACUUAAAAUAAAGCUCUCAGCAUUUUUCAUUUGGGUCUCAAUUCCUGAAGAGCUGAUCCUUUCCAUACUAAGCAGAAUUCGGUGGUAAUCAGUACUUAAGAAUAAUCUGGAUACUUAUUUCCCCAAUAUGAUUUCCAAUUGCAUGUGCAAAACUUUUGUUUGCAAAGGGAAAAUUUUUAGAGCACAUGAGUGAUUUGGGAAUUUAUAUCCUCAUUGUCCAAAACAGUUUAGAAAUUCAGGAUGCUUAUUCUCAGUAAUUUCCAUCAAGGCAUCCCCUGAAAUCUCUGUCACUGUUGCAAAAAAGACUAAGGAGCAUUAAGUAAUUUAGGCACUACAUUCUUGGGUUUGUUCUUUAAUUAU